CGCGCGAGGAAGAUGCCGGGCAAGCUGAAGGUCAAGAUCGUCGCGGGGCGGCACCUGCCCGUCAUGGACCGAGCCAGCGACCUGACCGACGCCUUCGUGGAGGUAAAGUUUGGAAACACUACGUUUAAGACAGAUGUGUACCCCAAAUCUCUCAAUCCUCAGUGGAACUCGGAAUGGUUUAAAUUUGAGGUGGAUGAUGAAGAUCUGCAAGAUGAGCCUCUACAAAUAACUGUCCUGGAUCACGAUACCUACAGUGCUAAUGAUGCCAUUGGGAAAGUUUACAUUGAUAUUGAUCCUUUACUAUACAGUGAAGCAGCUACAGUCAUCUCUGGAUGGUUUCCAAUUUAUGAUACAAUACAUGGUAUACGUGGAGAGAUCAACGUGGUAGUGAAAGUGGAUCUCUUUAAUGAUCUCAACCGUUUUAGACAGUCCUCGUGUGGAGUGAAAUUUUUUUGCACUACAUCCAUUCCAAAGUGCUACAGAGCUGUAAUAAUUCAAGGUUUUGUGGAAGAGCUGGUGGUGAAUGAAGACCCAGAGUAUCAAUGGAUAGACCGAAUUCGCACACCGAGGGCAUCAAAUGAGGCCAGACAGAGGCUUAUUUCAUUAAUGUCAGGCGAGCUGCAAAGAAAGAUUGGCUUGAAGGUGCUUGAAAUGAGAGGGAAUGCAGUGGUCGGCUACUUGCAGUGUUUUGAUCUGGAGGGAGAAUCUGGACUGGUAGUACGAGCCAUAGGAACAGCCUGUACCUUGGAUAAAUUAAGUAACACCCCAGCAUUCUUACCCACAUGUAAUUCCCCAUCCAAAGAAAUGAAGGAGAUUCCUUUCAAUGAAGAUCCCAAUCCCAAUCCUCAUUCAUCAGGACCCUCCACCCCUCUGAAAAACCAAAUCUAUUCCUUUUCACCUUCCAAGUCCUACAGCCGGCAGUCCUCUUCUUCUGACACAGAUUUGAGUUUGACACCCAAAACGGGAAUGGGCAGUGGGAGUGCUGGAAAAGAAGGGGGCCCGUUAAAAGCUCUGUUAAGACAACAGACUCAGUCGGCUCUGGAGCAAAGGGAAUUUCCUUUUUUUACUCUGACGACCUUUCCUCCAGGCUUCCUCCUCCACAUAGGUGGCGUUGUCAGUGCCCGCUCCGUGAAGCUCUUAGACCGCAUCCACAAUCCUGAUGAUCCGGAGACCCGAGACGCGUGGUGGGCAGAAAUCAGACAAGAAAUAAAAUCCCAUGCCAGGGCAUUGGGCUGUCACGCUGUAGUAGGCUACAGUGAAUCGACUAGCAUUUGCGAAGAGGUCUGUAUUUUGUCCGCCUCCGGCACGGCAGCAGUACUGAACCCUAGGUUCCUCCAGGACGGCUCCAUGGAAGUCUGUUUGGAUCAAAGGUUAGAAGAAACCUCCCCUCCAGGCUGUGGCUUUUGCCACAUACCUUACGACGAGCUGAAUAUGCCGUUUCCCGCUCACCUCACCUACUGCUGCAGCUGCCGGAGACAAAAAGUCCCCGACGUUCUUUUCACGACGAUAGAUCUGCCUGCAGAUGCGAUGGUGGUUGGGAAAGGAUGUCUCAUUCAAGCCAGGCUGUGCCGGUUGAAAAAGAAAGCGCAAGCGGAGGCCAACGCGACCGCCAUCAGUAACCUGCUGCCGUUUAUGGAGUACGAAGUGCACACUCAGCUAAUGAACAAGCUGAAGCUGAAGGGGAUGAACGCGCUGUUCGGGCUGAGGAUUCAGAUCACGGUGGGAGAAACGAUGUUAAUGGGCCUGGCGUCCGCUACAGGUGUUUAUCUGACUGCUCUUCCAACCCCUGGAGGUAUUCAAAUUGCUGGAAAGACCCCGAAUGAUGGCUCUUACGAACAACAUGUAUCUCACGUGCAGAAGAAAAUCAACGAUACAAUUGCCAGAAAUAAGGAGCUCUAUGAAGUUCACCCUCCUGAGGUGUCAGAAGAAAUUAUAGGUUCCCCUAUUCCUGAGCCAAGGCAACGGACCAGGCUGCUACGAUCUCAGUCUGAAAGUUCUGACGAAAUUACAGAACUGGACCUCUCCCAUGGAAAGAAAGAUGCUUUUGUCUUGGAGAUUGAUGAUACAGAUGCAAUGGAAGACAUUCAUUGUUUAUUGACAGAUGUCCCUCCACCUUCAGGCUUUUAUAGCUGCAACACAGAAAUCAUGCCUGGUAUAAAUAACUGGACUACUGACAUACAGAUGUUCACGUCGGUCAGAGUCACCAGACUCAGCAACAUCACUCUGACGAACCAAACACUCAACAAGACCUUUAACGACCUCUGUGAGAACCUGCUGAAGGGCCUGUAUUUUAAACUUCGAUCUAUGAUUCCUUGUUGCCUGUGCCAUGUGAAUUUUACAGUUGCUCUGCCAGAGGACGAAUUAAUUCAGGUCACUGUCACAGCGGUUGCAAUAACAUUUGACAAACACCAAGCUCUGCAAACAACUAAGACGCCGGCAGAAAAAACAUUACAAAGAGGUUCGACAGAUAACGAAGAACAGCUGCAGUUUCCUCUAGAGCUUUCGUCUGAUCCGCUCAGUUCUCAGCCGUUCUCGCCAGCGAAAGAGGACCUGGAGAAUGCAAGUUCCCACACAGGUAUACCAGCUGGCCAGAGAGCAACGUCAGUUGAUUACAGUUCCUUUGCAGACAGAUGCAACAGCUGGAUAGAAUUCAUUAAACUGAAAGCUCACACCAUAAGGCGUGGAUCAAUUAAGACAACUGUUUCGCUCGACAAGCCAAGUCCGCUGGCCGAGGGGCAGUCGCGUCACCGCUCUGGGGCGUCAGGCAUGAAUUCCACCGUGCCCGUGGUCAAGAUGACACCUCUGUCUUUUAUGCCCGGGGCAAAAAUAACCAAGUAUCUUGGGAUAAUCAACAUGUUUUUUAUACGAGAAACCACUUCUUUGAGGGAGGAGGGUGGAGUGAGCGGCUUCUUGCACGCAUUCAUCGCUGAAGUGUUUGCAAUGGUGCGGGCCCACGUGGCGGCUCUCGGGGGGAACGCCGUGGUCUCCUACAUCAUGAAACAGUGUGUCUUUAUGGAGAACCCAAACAAAAACCAGGCGCAGUGCCUGAUCAACGUAAGCGGAGACGCAGUCAUCUUUGUGCGUGAAUCUGAAUUAGAUGUGCCAACCCAGCUUCCUGCGGCUGGUGGUCACCCCGCGAGCGCCAGAGGAGAUGUCACGACAUGA